CUUGAAUAUCGUUUUCUUAACCGGAUUAAAAACAAUUCGCCGCAUGUUAAAAAAGAUUAUGUGUUAGCGAUACAACAUCAUAGUAGUGCUGCUGUCUAUAAUGGCUGGCAAUGCUUUACCUCACUCACUCAACAUUCAUGGAAUAUCUGCAACCGAUGGCGCCCAAAUAUUUGCUGGUAUCAACCUUGGAACCGUAAAUUACGCUCCUAGUAAGAAAGAAUCAUUAGCCCUGAACGAGGUGCUUGACACUCUGCCGGUCGCCAAAGAUGCGCCAUUCAACUCAUAUCAGCGACAACAUGAACCAACAUGCCUGCCUGAUACCCGCGUCGACCUCCUCCGCGAGAUACACGACUGGGCAGACGACGAAGACUCUCCGGGCAUCUUCUGGCUGAGCGGUCUAGCUGGCACUGGCAAAUCCACAAUAGCGCAAACAGUUGCCGAACACUAUCACGAAGAGGGCCAACUUGCCGCGAGCUUCUUCUUCUCACGGGCAGGCGGGGACAUUAACCACGCAGGAAAGUUCAUGACAAGUAUUGCGUCCCAGAUAGCAAACAGCAUACCAGAUCUAAGGCACAAAGUCUGUGAUGCCAUAUCAAAGCACAGGCAUAUUGCAAGCCUGUCUAUCGCCCACCAAUGGCGAGAGCUUGUGUUUGAUCCAAUUUCAACUAUUCAGAAUCAGGAGCACAGUUCAAGUUAUAUUGUUGUGGUUGAUGCUCUUGAUGAGUGUGCAGGUCAAGAUGAUGUUCAUGUCAUUCUUCAACGUCUGGCAGAAGUGCAGUCACUGAGACAUACUCGGCUGCGCGUCCUUUUAACGAGCAGGCCUGAGAUUCCUAUCCAAUACGGUUUCACUCAAAUACGAAAAGACAGAUACCAAGAUUUCAUCCUUCAUGAAAUUCAACCCGCCGUUAUCGAGCACGAUAUUUCAGUGUUCUUGAGACAUGAGCUUGGCCAAAUCAUACGCAAACAUGGGGUCGGGAUCGAGUGGCCCAACGAGACAGCUAUUGCACGUCUAUCAAAAAACUCAGGUGGCCUGUUUAUCUGGGCUGCGACCGCCUUGCGAUUCGUGGAUGAAGACAGCCAGCUUGUAGAGACACGACUACAUUCGCUUAUCAAUCAAGAAGGCAGCGACAUACUUCCUCCGGAACGCAAGCUGGAUGAGAUAUAUACCACUGUCCUCGCCAGCUCUUUCCAUGGAAAUCAUAACGAGGAAGAAAUCCAAGCACUGCGUCGCCUUUUCCGUCAAGUUGUUGGGUCCAUUGUUAUACUGCAAGAUUCAUUAUCAGUGGAUCAGCUUGCAGAACUUCUUGGGAUAGACAGUGCGGUUGUAAGAAAAACUUUGGCCAGAUUACAUUCGGUCCUUCAUGUGCCAGCAAGCGAGACAGGAUCUAUUCAGCUACUCCAUCCAUCCUUCCGCGACUUCCUUUUAGAUCAGGGGAGAUGCUCAGAGCUUGAUUUCUACAUUGAUGAGCGACUUGUCCAUAGCGAAAUGGCCGAGCACUGUGUCCGAUCAAUGUCGAAGCAUCUACACCGCGAUAUGUGCAAUCUCCAGGAUCCGGGAAUUCUUAUAGCGGAUUUGGGCUGGUUUGACAUAGAUCAAUACGUCCAGCCGCAUCUACAGUACGCGUGCCGUUUUUGGGUCCAUCAUUUAAGGCGGAGCGAUGUAGACAUCAACAAAUGCUCUGACGUUGGAACGCUCCUCCAAAAACACUUUCUUCAUUGGCUUGAGACACUGACGCUGCUCAACUGUGGAUCUGAUGCCGUACAUAUGAUUCGCAUGUUGAAUAAAAUGACCAACAGCAUAAGGCGACUAAGUCUACAAGCUCUGAUCCAGGAUGCCGUACGUUUUGCUGCAGCAUUUCGACCAAUAAUUGAGGAGGCACCACUUCAAUUGUACUACGCUGGCCUGGCAUUCAGUCCGAGGGCAAGUUUAAUCAAGGAGAUAUUCUCGAACGAAGCUACUGUCCGACGUUUCUCCCUCCCUCUAGACAAGACUGGAGACUGGAGCUCUUAUUUGCAUAAGGUCAAGGGCUGUGACCCCCAGGCCAGCUCUGUCCCCGUUAUGCCAGACAGGAAGCCGCUGGUGUCCGGGUUUCGUGACAUGAGAGUGAGGCUCUGGAAAACAAGCGCAGGAAGGACGCUGCAGACGCUUCGGAGCCAUUCAGAUUGGGUCAAAUGCGUAGCCUUCUCUUCCGAUGGCAAGAUCAUAGCGUCAGGAUCUUUGGAUAAGACAGUAAAGAUUUGGGAUGUAUGCUCAGGAACAGUGCUUCGGACGCUCAAGGGCCAUUCCGGUGCAAUUCUUUCUGUAGCCUUCUCACCAGAUAGCAAGACGCUGGCAUCAACAUCAAGGGAUAAGACAGUGAGGAUUUGGGACGUUGGCUCAGGGAAAGUACUGCAAACACUUGAAGGGCAUUUGGAUUGGGUCAACUGUGUGGCCUUCUCUCCUGAUGGCAAGAUAGUAGCAUCGGGGUCUGACGACAAAACCGUGAAAAUAUGGGACGCAGGCUCAGGAAGGGACCUCCGGACACUCUUGAACACUCCAAGCCUAGUUACCUCUGUGGCCUUUUCGCCUGAUGGCAAGACGUUGGCGGUAGGGUUUUACAAGGUUGUAUGGCUGUGGGACAUGGAGUUGGAGAGUUGGCAGUGGGGGUUUCAUGGGCUUCCAGAUUGGGUCAACUCGGUGGCAUUCUCGCCUGAUGGUAAGACGCUGGCGGCUAGGUCCAACAAGAUGAUGAAGCUUUGGGAUGCAGGUGUCGAGAGUACGCGGACGCUCCGUGGUUAUUCGGGCCCAAGUAAAAGGCUCUGGUCUCAAUCAGCUUCUACACUGCCGCUAAGCGUUGUGGAUGAGUGGGUUUAUAAGUAUGGACAGAGGAGUCUUUGGAUUCCUCCUAAGUAUCGCACGAGCACAGUGGCUGUUUGUAAAAAUGCUCUUGCAUUUGGGUAUCCUUCGGGUCGAAUAUUGAUCUUCAAGCUAUAG